CACCGCGCAUCUCGCAAGCUCGCUCUGCAUCUGCAACUCGUCGUGCAGCACGUCCUACCUCGGCGCCGUCUCUCCUCCUCCGCCGUCGACUUCUUCUUCACCCCUCUCAUUCGCCGCUGCUUCCACGCGCGCGUCCCCGUCGAUCAGCACUUCUGCGCCUGCCAUGUCCGUUCUGGGGGCACCCCCCACGCACUCGGCCGGGCCGAAGAAGAACAGGCUGCAUCAGGUUCCUCCUCGGCGAGGGCGUGCGGCACAGCAAAUGCCCCAGGAGCCGCCGCCGCCGCUGCAGCCGCCAGCGCCGCAGCAGCAGCAGCAUCGCCCGAUGCCGCCGUUUCAUCCGCUGCCGCUGCGUCCGGCGGUUCAGCAAAGGGAUGAGCAGCAGCAGCAGCAGCAGCAGCAGCAGUUGCGCGUGCCAGCUGGUCGUGCGGCGGGCGGUGAGCUCGCCAACGCACUGCAGCAGCCGGAAGUGCCCGCCGCAAAGAAGCAGGCUCGUGCCGCACCUGACGCGCCGCUCGCUCAAGGCUCGGGAGCAGCGACGGGAGUGGCUCAAGCGGCCAACCCCGAGGAUCAGCGCAGUGCUGAGGUCAAGAAGGCCGAGAGGAAGAGACGCAAGGCCGAGGACCGUGCAGUCAAGCACCGCACCACCGAGCUAGAAGCGAUCGAGGCGCGUGCUGCCGAGCUCCGGGCGGCGAACGAGCGUGCUGCUGAGCUGCGUGCGGCAGAGGAGCAGGCGGAUGCAGCAGAGCAGCGUGCUGCCGAGCGGAAGGACAAGGCCGAGGCCAAGGCUCUGGCCGCCGCUGAGAAGGAACGCGCCGCCAAGAAGCUUGCCGCGACUGCUGCGAGGAAGGCGCGCGCAUCCGACGGUGCCCAGGAUGCCGGUGCUGGACCAUCUGCGGCUGCUGCUGGCGCUCUUGCUGCUUCCGCUCCGGCCCCUGCCCCUGCUCCGGCUCGAGCUCCUACGCCUGCUCCGGCUCGCGCACCUGCGCCUGCUCGAGGUCGAGCUCCUACACCUGCGCCUGCUCGCGCUCCUGCACCUGCACCUGCUCAUGCUCCUGCUCCCGGCCCUGCUCCAGGCGCAUCUGCUGGCGCUCCGGCUGUCGUGCAUCGCCAGGGCUCUCCCGACAAGGGGGAAGGAUCAUCGGGCAACGUCAAGCGAGAGCGCUCGACAAGCGUGGAGUAUAGCCUCGACGUCUCGAAGAAGAAGAAGCGCUCUAAGGCUCGCCAGGCGGCCGCCGCCGCUGAUGCUGACGUGAAACCGGAACUCGAGUGAUGCUGCCACUCUUGCACAGGGCCCACGUAUCUCACGUCGCAAGCUUUUCUUCAUCUCUUCGCGUCCCUUCGCACCUGCGUCAGUCGGGCCGACCAGGGCACUGAGCACCUCAGCAUGCUCGCUGACGCUGAGGUCGAGCUGGUGCAGUAGCCGGCACGCCGACAGAUCGGCCCCUACACUCUUUACUCGUCACGCCACCCUCAGCUCUGGCGAUCUCUAGUCUUCGCUCCACAUCCCAUCUGCGCCGCUGCACGCUAUGCCCUCAUGUCCUAUGCACCUUCCCUCUCGCUACGCCAAUCCACCACGAGCCACCACCCGCCGCACGCUUUUUCCGAGCCACCAUGAUCAUGACCACCCUCUCAAUGUGAUCUGAAGCUUCCCUGCUC